GUAGCUCUAUGCAGAUGAGUACACGUGAGUCCUCGCUGGCGUGCUCUCAUCGCCACCCCAGACGAAGGUGUCCACAUCGAGCCAUCUUUCUACCGAAAUGGAGUUGGGAAACAUGGCUGCCCCAGAGCAAGUGGUAGUCCAGCAGGCAGUGCGGCCUGGAAGGGUCUUCGAUCCCGUGGCCCUCGGAUUGGGGAAGAAUUUCCGCCUCACUCGCUUUGCAGACUUGAAGGGAUGAUCUUGCAAGGUCCCCCAGGAGGUUCUGCUCAACCUCUUGGAGGGGCUGCAAAAUCAGACGAUCCCAGAGGAGCAGGGGCAGUUUUUGCCGCCUCAUUUCGCUCCGAUAGGGAUCGGCAUGGACAGCUGUGUGAUCCCCCUACGCCACGGUGGACUCUCCCUGGUGCAAACAACAGACUUCUUCUACCCCCUAGUGGAUGACCCCUACAUGCAGGGUAAGAUAGCGUGUGCGAAUGUGCUGAGUGACCUGUAUGCCAUGGGAGUGAAGACGUGUGACAACAUGCUGAUGCUUCUCGGUGUCAGCAACGAGAUGUCGGAUAAAGAGAGGGACACCGUCGUGCCCUUCAUCAUCAACGGAUUCAAGGAUCUAGCAGAAGAAGCCGGCACCAUGGUCCAGGGAGGCCAGACUGUUCUCAACCCGUGGCUCACUAUAGGCGGGGUGGCCACAACCGUCUGUCCACCCAACGAAUUCAUCGAGCCGGGUAACGCUGUCGUCGGUGACGUGCUUGUGCUGACCAAACCUCUCGGCACGCAGGUGGCAGUCAACGCUCACCAGUGGUUGGACGAGCCUGAGAGGUGGAACCGGAUUCGUCUGGUUGUGUCAGAAGAGGACGUGGAGAGAGCGUACCAGGAGGCCAUGUUCCUCAUGUCCAGGCUCAACAGGACAGCUGCGAAACUGAUGCACAAGUACAACGCACACGGCGCGACGGACAUCACGGGAUUCGGGCUGCUGGGUCACGCCAAGAACCUGGUUCAGCACCAGAAGAACGAGGUCUCCUUCACCAUCCACAACCUCCCCGUCAUCGCCAAGAUGGCAGCCGUCGCCAAGGCCUGUGGGAACAUGUUCCAGCUUCUACAGGGGUACUCUGCCGAAACAUCAGGAGGAUUGUUGAUCUGCCUUCCCCGUGAGCAGGCCGCGUCGUUCUGCAAAGACAUCGAGGGAGAAGACAAGCUACAGUCCUGGAUCAUCGGCAUCGUGGAGAAGGGCAACCGGAAGGCUCGAAUCAUCGACAAACCUAGAGUCAUCGAAGUCACCCCAAAGAUAGCGUAGAGUCUGUAGUUUUAUCCACGUAAG